CUCCUCACCUUUCCCCUACUCCGCUUUCGCUUUUGCUUGGUUCCAUUCCAUCGGUGGUGGAGCGAGGGGCGAUCGAGCUGGAGGAGAGCAGCUAGCAGCGGCAGCAGCUCCUCUCGGCUCCGGUGGUGUGGAAGGGUGCUGCGGAGGAGGUAGCUGCCAGCUGGGGGCUAGCUAGCUGGAAGCAGGGUUGGGAGCCAUGGGGAGGGGGCGGGUGGAGCUGAAGCGGAUCGAGAACAAGAUCAACCGCCAGGUCACCUUCGCCAAGCGCCGCAACGGCCUGCUCAAGAAGGCGUACGAGCUCUCCGUGCUCUGCGAUGCCGAGGUCGCGCUCAUCAUCUUCUCCAACCGCGGCAAGCUCUUCGAGUUCUGCAGCGGGCAAAGCAGCAUCACGAAAACACUUGAGAGGUACCAAAAAUCUAGUUAUGGUGGACCAGAUACUGCAGUACAGAACAAGGAGAACGAGUUAGUCCAAAGCAGUCGCAAUGAGUACCUCAAACUGAAAGCGAGGGUGGAAAAUUUACAGAGGACUCAGAGGAAUUUGCUCGGUGAAGAUCUUGGGUCACUUGGCAUCAAGGAUCUUGAGCAGCUUGAGAAGCAACUUGAUUCAUCCUUGAGGCACAUAAGAUCCACAAGGACACAGCAUAUGCUUGAUCAACUCACUGAUCUUCAGAGAAGGGAGCAAAUGCUGUGCGAAGCAAAUAAGUGCCUUAGAAGAAAGCUGGAGGAGACCAGCAGCCAAGUGAACGGGCAGGUGUGGGAGCACAGUGCCAACUUGCUUGGCUACGAGCGGCAGUCCCCACAGCAGGCGCCAUCACAUGUUGGCAACGGAUUCUUCCAUCCCCUGGAAGUUGGCCCUGAGCCAACCCUGCAGAUUGGGUUCGCUCCUGAGCAUAUGAACAACUUCAUGCCUACAUGGCUACCCUGAAGAAAUGGAUGGGGAAGUAAUUAAGGAAAUAAAAACGCGACGGCCGCCGUCGCGUUACAUUCUACUGCAAGAUCGUGAAUGUGUUUCAGUCACAUACUAUAUGUCUAUGUCUGUCUGUGUGUCGAUGUGUGGAAAACAAUGUCUGUGAUUUUGUGAUAUGUAAGCGCGCGCGUACGUUGAAGCUAGCGCGCAAAGACUAGCUGUUUGAUUAUUGGUGUCCAAAUGUAUCCGGUAUAAAUGCCGUACGUCACAACCUACACACAAGUACGGUGUAACGGCUGUACAUUUCGCUAUUUGCAGUACAAGGUUAUGUGUGUUUAGCUA